AUGAGUGUUCAGCGACAGCUGCGGGAAGAUUGGGAUAAUAGGGAGUACGAACAGAUCAUUGCGGACAACGUCAAAAACAUCGCCAACUUCCUGUCCAGUUUUGAGCUCUCCUGUAGAAGCAAGCUUGCUUCACUGAGUGAUAAACUCAAUCUUCUCGAGAAGAAAGUUGAAUUCCUUGAAGCGAGGGUUGGUUAUUUUCGGCGCUGUCUGCUUCCGUUAGACGGGCUCUAA